AAACGAUUUCAACGAUAUAACCUCGACAUCUAAACUUUGGAUUGCCCAAUUGUGAACGAGAUCGAGUUCCUGUGAUUCGAGUAACGAUCAUCCUACAGAGAUAAACUAGUCUGUCCGUCAUGUUGCCUUUCUACCUCCUACUCACUCUCUCCCAAGUUGUUGGGAUAAUGAUUCUCAUCCUGGUGGGAUACUGGACAGGACAUACACUAGGAGGCUAUGCAUGGGAUGGAUCAGGCAGGGAAUUUAACUUACAUCCACUAUUCAUGACAAUUGGUCUUGUAUUUCUGUAUGGAGAUGGUAUCUUGAUGUUCAGGGUUUUUCGACACAACUCCUCAUCCAAAAUCAAAAUCGUCCACCUGCUUUUUCAUAGUCUCGCCCUCAUCUUUGCCUGUGUCGGUCUCAAAACUGUGUUCAACUUUCAUCGUGUCCAAAGCUUUCCUGACAUGUAUUCACUUCAUAGCUGGGUCGGAUUGAGUGCUUUUAUCUUAUUUGUUUUACAGUGGAUGACUGGGAUAGCAUGCUUCUUGUAUCCUCGACUACGGGAUGAACUACGUGUAACCUAUCUUCCUCUUCAUCGUUACAUUGGUGUAGCUACGUUUGCCAUGGUGAUAGCAGCUGCAUGUGCUGGCAUCAACGAGAAGCUCUUCUUUGUCUACUCUGGAAGAGGAGACUCGUUGAAGUACUCCGCCUUGCCACACGGAGCAUACAUCGGGAAUUUUCUCGGCUUCCUCAUCCUUCUAUUUGGGCUUAUUGUGGGCUAUUUAGUCUCCAACUCUGACUUCAGAAGACAGACCUCCAACCCAGCUCGUGAUGGUUUGGAAGAAGGGACGCUCAUGAACACGACGGAUCAAAAAGUGAAUUAAACAACUCAUAAGCUUCCUCUUUUAAUUACAAGUAUGUAAAUAGGCUUUGGGAGCAAGUUCACACAACACUGUGUUUAUAGUUUGCUGUUUGCUUCCUGGCUUCGUAUAUAUUCUCUGCUGUCCUCUAGGUAAUAUUUUUGUAUGGCAGGAGAGACAUUUUGCUCAUAUCAAAUUCAGUUAGGCUAUUCUGUCAUAAUUAUUAUAUCGCUUAUAAAUAUAGCAUCACUU